AUGUCCACGUCCUCUAAAAAUGUCGCCAAUCCGGAGGCAGCAAAGACCACAGUGCGUGAGUUUGGCCUCAGCGUAGCAGACUUUGGCGGUUUCGGUGGGCGCACGUCCGGAGAUAGCUUCCGAGGCUUUGGCUCCCUGGGCGCGACGACACCCACCGGGUACACCCGCCACCGGAAACGUCCGGCUGAUGAAGCUUGUUUUGUGGACGAUGAGUUUCGAACGCCAGAGUCUUCUGCCAGUUCUUCGAUGGAUGCGACUCCGACUCCUGCGCCGACGACCCUCCUACAGACGCCGCCUCGCCGCAGACACCGAUCGGCCGCCAGCCCAGCUGAGCACAAUGAGCAGAGUGACCGCCUCACGCCGAUCAGCGAGGGCAGGAGGCUCCGACUAAACGAGACGGACAGCAGCACCGGAUCCACUGUGCAGGACAGUGACAUCGAGAACAAGCCUCCCGGGCUUGACCAGGAGGAGGUCUCAACUCCGGAACCUGCAGCUCGGGUGAUGCGUUCCCCCGGUUGGGUCCCCGGGCGGCGAGCACUGGAGCUGGGGAACGUGCUGCAGGAGCUUGCCUUGGAUGUCCCCGAGGAGCUUGCCGGUCAGGCGCAGGCUCCGGACGCACAGUCACCUCCCUCUUCCGAGGGAUCCCCUCCGAAGGAGCAGCGGGAGAAGAAUCUGGGGGAGCUGCUGGAUGAGCGCAUCGCAGCUAAUGAAGGUGGAAGGUACUCUUUCGACAUCUUCGUCGAUCCAGAAAACCGAUGA